GCCCCGGCCUCUCUGCUUCCACCGGGAAAACGCCGCCGGACCGAAACGGCGACUCUUCCAUCGUCGGAAAAUGAGCCGGCCGUACGAUUCCGUAGAGCCAAACGUGAUCGAUGCGGAGAUCCUUGGGCGGGCCGUGGAGGAGCAAGGGCCACAGGAGGAAGCGGGCCAGCUCGCCAAACAGGAGGGCAUCUCUUUCAAAGACGUGACCCACUUGCAACUGGAUUUUCAAAACAUCCUUAAAAUCGACAACCUGUGGCAGUUUGAGACUCUGACUAAACUGCAACUAGAUAACAAUAUCAUUGAGAAGAUAGAAGGAUUAGAAACUCUGACUCACCUGAUCUGGCUGGAUUUGUCCUUCAAUAACAUUGAAGUCAUAGAGGGGCUACAAACCUUAGUCAAGUUAGAAGAUCUGAGCUUAUUUAAUAAUAGAAUCACCAGGAUCGAAAAUAUGGACUCAUUAGUAAACCUCCAGAUCUUCUCCAUAGGAAACAACAGUAUCAAAACUUUGGAAAAUGUGACCUACCUGAGGAGGUUUAAAAGCUUACGCUCACUCAACCUGUCCGGGAACUUCAUCUGUGAAAAUGAAGAUUAUAAAAUGUUCAUUGCAGCUUAUCUUCCUGAUCUAGUGUAUCUGGAUUUCAGGCUCAUUGACGAACACACAAGGGAACUUGGAGAAGUAAAAUACCAAUACACCAUCGAUGAACUGAAGCAGAGCGAGGCUCAGUACCUGAGCAAACUUGAGGAAGAGGAAAAGAAGCAAGCAGAGCUGGAUCUCCAUAAGGCAGCUUACGUCGAAUACCUGAAUGGAUCCUUCCUGUUUGACAGCAUGUAUUCGGAAGAUGCUGAAGCGGCAAAACUGGCUUAUCUCCCAGGAGUCGGAGAGCUUCUUGAGACGUACAAAGCCAAGUUUGUCGUCAUCUGCCAGAACAUAUUUGAAUACGGUCUGAAACAACAAGAGAAGAGGAAAAUUGAAGUUAAAAUCUUCACCGACUGUCUUCAGGAAGCCAUAGCGGACAAUCAAAAUCAGGGGUCACAAAAAAUCAUGGAGUUUGAAAAGGCACACCAAAUGGUUCUGAGUGAUAUUCAAAAUACGAGUGAUAUGCAACUUGCCGAUACUAAAAUAAACGAAUACAACGAAGAGAUCAACCAGCUAUUUGAUACCCUCAUGACUCUGGAAAUGCAAAUUGUUGAACAGUUAGAGGAAACAAUAAAUAACUUCGAAAGGAACAUUGUGGACAUGGUGGGAGUCUUUGUUGAAAACGUACAAGGCCUAAUGGCUCAGUGUCGAGACCUUGAGAACCACCACCAUGAGAAGCUGUUGGAGAUUGCAAUCAUCACCCUAGAGAAGAUAGUGAAGAGCGAGUUUGAAGAUGACCUGCCAGACGACGUCCGAGCGCUCUUUUCCGACAAAGACACCAUUGUUAAUGCAGUUGGAGCCUCCCAUGACAUCCACCUCCUGAAGAUUGACAAUCGAGAAGAUGACCUAUUCACCAAAGUCAACAACUGGUGUGCUGCAACAGUUGAAAAGGUCCACACCGACGAAACAGACAGGAACCGCCGACGAGUAAAAGAAAUCAUCCAAUAUAUUGACCACCUACAGAAUGAGCUGGACAACCUAGACAUUGGUGAGGUCAUGGAUUAUUCUUAAUGGUAUCUGUUAAGCGCUUACCAUGGGUAAAGCACUGUUCUAAGCACUGGGAUACUUACAAGUUAACCGAGUUGGACAUAGCCCCCAUCUCACUUGGGGCUCAC